GCGCGAGAGUCACUCGUGAUCUCGUUAACUACCGGGCUCGGUGUAACGCGCUGUCUCGUUCAUCGAUCCGCGUCUCUUUUUAAAAAACUCCUUUCUGGCGCGGUAUUCUCUCACUCACACACACACACACACACACACACCCGGUCCCCGCUCGAUCCUAAUCCCACGCUAUGUAGACAGGUUCAGAAUCAAGAGAGCGCGUUUUCUUGGGAAGACGUGGCGUGAACCGGUUUAGUGUUUUUCUCUCCCGGUUAUGGACAACAUUUGAGAGGGAGAAAAGAAAGCCGAACCGAGGGAAAAAACGAAUGUCUAGACUUCUCUACGACAACAUCAUGGACUCUUCUCUCCUCUCAGUCGUUACGCUGGUCGUUGUUUUCACCUCCUCUUCCUACUCUCUUUCCUCCUCCUCCUCCUCCUCCUCCGACGUCGUUCCCUCUCCUUCCUUCAUUCCACCGUUUACCGACUGUAUCCAGAGCCGCGGGAGAGACCGGUUCUACCAGGGAGCCGUGGACGUAACGGAGUCCGGUGCGGUGUGUAUGAGGUGGAGCGAGGUAGCUGGGUUUGAGGAGCGCUAUCCCGGUAAAGGACUAGGGGAUCAUAACCGGUGUCGGAACCCGGACAACAGAAUCAGACCCUGGUGUUUCUUCAAGAACAGCCGCGGCAGAACCGACUGGGGCUACUGCGACUGUAAACAAGGGUCAGUGCGCCUGCAGGGCGGCCGCUCUAAGCUGGAUGGCAGGGUGGAGGUGUAUCUACAGGGGGUCUGGGGGUCUGUCUGUAGUGAUGACUGGGGAGACCAGGAUGCUACGGUGGUCUGCAGACAGCUGGGACAGGGUUUCUCUGGGCGAGCGCGCUCCUCCGCCCCAUCUCCUCGAGGGGGUGUGGUCAGAAUGCACUGGGGGGCGGUCCACUGUCAGGGGGAGGAGCCUGAUAUACUGCACUGUCCCAGUGUUCCAUGGAGCGGAGGGGAGUGUCCCCAAGCUGCUGCCGUCACCUGUAGCCCAAUGGAAGUGGUGCCAGUGAGGUUGGUGGGAGGGGCGUCAGCGUGGGAGGGGCGUGUUGAGGUGUUCCACGGGGGCGUGUGGGGAACCGUCUGCGACGACCAAUGGGAUGAGAGCGACGUGGAGGUUGUCUGUCGACAGCUGGGCCUGGG